CAGAAGGGAUAAUCCACCUCUAUCGUACCAGUCCUAAUUCCGGCAAUGUGGAGCAAUAUGUGGAGGAUGGAACCAUGCUCGCUAUCCUUGCAAUCCCUUCGUGGAUGAAUGUCUCUGACUUUUUAACCUUUGUAUCUCCGGCAUAUGAAGACGCGCUACCCAAUCGCGCCCUAGCUCUUAUCAAAUUUCGUUCUGCACAAGAUGCUUCAGACUUUAGAGAGGAGUUCAAUGGCAAAUACUUCAACUCGAUGGAGGUGAGGAUAAUGAUAGAAACACCUGAUCUUGUCACAGGAUCAUUCCCACCCCCUCCGGACGGUUCCGUCGAGCUGCCUACCUGCCCUGUUUGCUUGGAACGCAUGGACACUGCAAUAACAGGGCUAGUAACCGUACCUUGGUCACAACUACCGCCCUCCAGGGGACGAUCGCAGUCGAGCGCAAACGUUGGCAGUAUGACUACUUGUAGAGACUGCUCUACUACGACCAAUCUAUGGAUAUGCCUCAUUUGUGAACUAGAAACACAGCGGGUAUGGGACUAUGCGGGUGACGCAUACGUGCACCGUCUCAUACAAAAUCGUGCAGAUGGCAAGCUGGUAGAGCUACCAUCCGCUUCCAUCACCACUGGGAGUGUGACCGAUAAUUCAAGGGCACUGGGACCUGGUCCUUCAGAUACAAUGGCCGCAGAGAAAAUUGAGGCUAUUGGGAUAGAAUAUUCAUAUCUAUUGACGUCUCAACUGGAUUCACAAAGAACAUUCUAUGAGGAACAGCUCGAGACGAUGAAGGAGCAACUUUCCAGUGCGUUCACUAAAUUGGACCUUCAAUCCAAGGAAAUGGAAGUGAUGACGGCUCAGUGGCAAAUGAAGGAACAAAAAUGGAGGGAAGAAGUAGAAACCCGACAGGACGAAGCAGUAAAAGAAAGGGUCAAGCUGGAAAAGAAGGUAGAAAAGGCUAUGGACCUGGCCCGGAAGUUUGAAAAGGAGUUACGGGAGGAGAGGAUGGUCAACGACGGCUUGCUUCAGAAUUUGAGCGCAGUCAAAAAAAGGAGUGAAGCAUUUGAGGAGGAAAAGGCGCAGUUCAUGGGAAGGAUAGGGGAGCUUGAGGAUCAGAUGCGAGAUAUCAUGGCCCAUCUCGAGCACAGAGAGAGAGUGGACAAGGAAGGAGGAGAGCUCGCUGGUGGCAGUAUCGAAGUCAAGACACCCCCACCCUCGUCGUCGUCUUCGCGAAAGAAGAAAAAGAAGUGA